CGAAGCAACAGUACUAGCACUUGGCUAUGAAAACACUGACGCUCCUCGGGUACUUCCUCGCCGGCCUGGCUGUCAAAUGGGCGGUUGCCUUGUGGAACCGACCACGCCGUCGGUACCCUCCCGGGCCCAAAGGGCUGCCCAUUCUCGGCAACAUCUUCAACGUGCCCUUGGAGAACAGCUGGCUGGUAUUCACGGACUGGGCGCGUCAAUACGGCUCCGAUGUCAUCCAUGUCGAGGCACUUGGCAAGCACAUCUGCGUGGUGAACAGCGCGAAAGCGGCAAAGGAGCUGUUCCACGGGCGCCCUCACAUCUACAACGACAAGGAACAGUCCGUCAUGCUUCUUGAACUGACCGGAUGGCGGCGCGCCUGGGUCAUGCGCCCGUACGACGACUAUUGGAGAGAGCACCGCAGGCUGUUCCACCAGCAUUUCCGCCCCAUGGCCGUCCCGCAGUACCAUCCCAAACAGACGAAGGCCGUCCGGAGGCUGCUGCCUCUGCUUCUGGACACUCCAGGCGACUUUUACAGGCAUAUUCGCUACAUGUCGGGGAGCUCAAUCCUCGAUGUCGUGUACGCCCUCGACGUGCGGCCUGGCGACCCGCGUCUUAAGCUCGUGGAAAAGGCCGCGGACACCUCUAACCAUAUUGUCAAUGCGGGGGUAUAUCUUGUCGACAUUAUCCCAAUACUGAAGCACAUACCGACGUGGUUUCCGGGCGCACAGUUCAAGCGCGACGCCGCCAGGUACAAGAAGUGGGUGGACGCCAUGUAUGAGACGCCCUAUAACCAGUUCAAGGACGCGAUGAGAGAGGGCAAAGCUCAGCCGUGCUUCACCGCUGCGCUGCUAUCUCAGGCUGACGCUGACACUACGAACACGCCGGAGCUCGACGAGAUUUUUAUGAGCCUCACAGGGACAGCAUACGUCGCCGGUUCGGACACGACGGUCAUUGCACUCACCACAUUCCUCCUCGCCAUGGUCCUGCAUCCAGAAGAACAGGCGUUCGUGCAAGAGGAGCUCGAUCGCGUCGUGGGCCGCGACCGGUUGCCAGAGAUGGCGGACCGAGAGUCGCUUCCCCGGGUGACUGCUGUUAUGCAGGAGGCCUUGCGGUGGCACUCUCCAUUACCUUUAGCGACCCCACACCGUGCCAUGACCGACGACGAGUACAACGGUUACCACAUCCCGGCGGGCUCAAUUGUCAUGGGCAACUCGUGGGCGAUCCUCCACGACGAGGAAACGUACCCAGACUCGUACUCGUUCAACCCGACGCGCUUCCUCUCGGCCGCCGGAACACUGCGAGACGACGUUCCCUUCCCGGGAGAGGUGUUCGGCUACGGCCGCCGCAUAUGUCCCGGUCGCUACUUCGCGGUCGACACGCUCUUCCUGGCGAUCGCGCACAUCCUCGCCGUGUUCACCGUCGAGAGGGCCGUGGACCAGGACGGAGACAUCAUCGAGGUCAAGGAAGACUUUACCCCCCAGUUCCUCAGCUUGCCGAAGCCUUUCAAGGCGCACUUUAAGCCGCGCUUUCCCGGAGUGGAGGGUCUGAUACGCGCGGCGGCUCUAGAAGAUUCGUAGCCUACCCCAGGCUGUACUUUCAUUCUCUAUGACAUUGGCGAAGUAGUAUGCGCGGCGCGACCCCUGCAAAGCGCGUACGCAAGCCUCCCGGGAGCACUAGUCCCACUUCAAC